GGAUUGUCUUCUUUUUAUACAGGAAAGGUAGCCCACCAGAAAGAGAUAGCUCAGGGAGUGGGCACCCUACGGCACGCCACCAAGUUCGAGGGUCAGGACUACGAGGCCCUGAGGAAGCAGUGUCUGGAGGCUGGCACGCUCUUUGAGGACGACAAGUUCCCUGCCUGGGGACGCUCCCUCGGAUACGCCAAGUUUGGCCCCAACUCUCCCAAGUCCCGCGGCGUGGUCUGGAAGAGACCCACGGAGCUGUGUGCAAAGCCAACAUUUAUCCAAGGCGGGGCGACCAGAACAGACAUCUGCCAGGGGGCUCUUGGGGACUGCUGGCUUUUAGCUGCCAUUGCUGCCCUGACCCUGGAACCCAAGAUCCUGGCUCGUGUCGUCCCCCCUGGCCAGUCUUUUGAUGAGGGCUAUGCUGGGAUCUUUCACUUUCAGUUCUGGCAGUUCGGGGAGUGGGUGGACGUGGUGGUCGAUGACCGUCUGCCCACCAGAAAUGGACAACUAUUGUUUGUUCACUCAGCGACUCGGUCAGAGUUCUGGAGCGCCCUGUUGGAGAAGGCCUAUGCCAAGGUGAACGGUUGCUAUGAGACGCUGUCCGGUGGCCACACCAUCGAGGCCUGUGAGGACUUCACUGGAGGCAUAGCGGAGAUGAACGACCUCGAGUCAGUUCCAGAGAACUUUUUCAAAUACGUCCAGAGGGCCCUGAAGAGAGACUCUCUCAUGGGCUGCUCCAUAAAUGCCAUGAGCAGAGCUCAGAGCGAGUCAGUCAUGGCAACAAGACUCGUCACGGGACAUGCCUACUCUGUCACCGGGGCGGAAGUGGUGCAAGUCGAUGGCAAGGAUGUAGAGCUGAUUCGAAUUAGGAACCCCUGGGGCAAGAUUGAGUGGAACGGGGCCUGGAGUGAUCGGUCCAAAGAGUGGUCCACUAUCAGUGAUGAGGACAGAGCUAAACUGAAACAUGCAUCUGAAGAUGGAGAGUUUUGGAUGUCCUACUCGGACUUCAAACAGUACUUCUCUCGGCUGGACAUCUGCAACUUGACCCCAGAUGAACUGGACACCGAUGAGAAGUGCCACUGGAACAAUGACCAGUGUCACGGCGUGUGGAAAGAGGGCUCUACCGCCGGGGGCUGCUGCAACUAUCCCACCUACUACACCAACCCCCAGUUCAAGGUGUGCCUGACGGAGGAGGACGAUGAUCCUCUGGAGGCUCUGACGGGGGGCUGUACCCUGGUGGUGGGCCUGAUGCAGAAGGAUGCCCGGCGGGCACGCAUGCAGAGCGCCACCCAGCGAUACGCACCCAUCUGCUUCACAGUCUAUGAGUACCACGACCAGACUAACGUCCACCUGAGCCGCGAGGAGCUGCAAAGGCUCCGGAGGGUGGAGAUGAGCGCGUUCAUCAACACGCGGGAGGUGGUGGAGCGCUUCAGCCUGCCCCGGGGAGAGUACCUCAUUGUCCCCUGCACCUUCAUGCCCAGGAAUGGCAGCUUCGUCCUGCGCAUCUUCACUGAGAAGGAAGCACCCACCAGUGGAAUGGAUGAUGACAUUGACGCAAAUGUGGGCGAGGAUGAUGACGUUGAGGGUGGCAUGGACCCUCGUUUCAAACAGGUGUUUGAACAGAUCGCUGGUAAUGAUUCAGAGGUGUCUGUCUAUGAACUGAUCCGCUUCCUGAACCAAAUUGUUUCUGAAAAACAAGAUGUGAAGACAGAUGGAUUCAGUGUUGAAACUGGCCGCCAUAUUGUCAGCCUUCUGGAUCAAGAUGGAAGUGCAAAACUUGGCCUGACUGAAUUCCACAUCCUCUGGACGAAGAUUCAAAAAUACAUGGAGGUCUUCAUGAACCACGACUCUGAUAGGACUGGCACCAUGUCCUCCCAUGAGCUGAGGGAGGCGCUGACGGAGGCUGGAUUCAAGGUCAACAAUACAGUGUUUGAGGUCCUUGUGGAUCACUACGCUGAUGUUCGCUGUGGAAUAGACUUUGACGGCUUCGUGGACUGCCUGGUCAGACUGGAGAUGCUGUUCAAGAUGUUUAAGACCCUUGACACCGAUGGGUCAGGAAAGAUCGAGAUGAAUAUUCAGCAGUGGUUGUGCCUCUCGUUGGUCUAGGGUGCAAGACAUUUCAGCCUUGUCAACACUGGAUCCCCUGCAUGUUCUAUCUGGAUGUCCUGGAUGUCCUCUCUAUGUGUCAUUUUGGUUUUCUGGUAUUGCCCAGGGGUGUCACCAGACCUAUUUUACAGAGGCACGUGCCUGGGUAUUGAUUUGCUGUGCCCCGGUAUGAGUUUCACAAAAA